UCUCCUUAACCCGUUGACGUUUUCCUCAAAGGAUAAGGAAAGGAGGCAUAAAGGUUAGGAAAUUUGACUAUUCGUAGAGGCCCCCGUCCCGUGAACGUGCCUUUAAACAAGACGUGAGACCGGACGUGACGUCUUCUCCGCUGGGCCGGGUUUGUGGGGUUUUAUUUUGAAAGGAAGUUCGCCUCACGGAAGUUCCGGUGUAUCUUGCGCUGAAGGAGUUAAAGCGCUGACGUGUUCCAGGUUUUAAACUAAUAGUAAUUAUUAGUUUAAUGUUAACGUUGUCUAGUUUAGUUCGGGUUAGUUAGGUCUAGUACGGGUUAGUUAGUUUAGUGAGGACAUGUUGCCUUUAUCCGCUAAAGACGACGAGUACAAACCCGCCAAACUCAACCUGCUGGCCAAGACCUCAGGAUGGUUCAGAGCGAUCCUCUCAGACCAAACCUCCAGGAACCUCUUCUUCUUCCUCCUCCUCAACCUCUCCUUCGCCUUCGUGGAGUUAUCCUACGGGAUCUGGAGCAACAGUCUAGGGCUGAUAUCGGACUCGUUCCAUAUGUUCUUUGACUGCACUGCCCUGCUGGCCGGGCUGGCUGCCUCCGUCAUCUCCCGGUGGAGGUGUAAUGACUCCUUCUCCUAUGGAUAUGUCAGAGCAGAGGUGCUCGCAGGCUUCGUCAAUGGCCUCUUCCUCAUCUUCACAGCCUUCUUCAUCUUCUCGGAGGGAGUGGAGAGGGCGCUGGAGCCACCGGACGUCCACCACGACCGCCUACUUCCUGUUUCUGUGGCCGGCCUGCUGGUCAAUUUGGUGGGAAUCUUCGUCUUCCAACAUGGAGGUCACGGGCACUCCCACGGAGAUGAUGGGGGACACGGGCACAGCCACUCUCUGUUCAAUGGAAGUGCAAACCACAAGGACAGCCACACGGACAGCCACGGAGGACAUGGACACAGUCACGGAGGACAUGGGCACAGUCACGGAGGACAUGGGCACAGCCACCAGGACCAGCACAGCCACCAGGACCAGGCCCUCUACAGUCAGGAUAAAUUCCUGCCAGGAAAAGGUUCCAGUAAACAGAUCCUACAAGGAGUGUUCCUGCAUAUCGUGGCGGACACGCUGGGCAGUGUUGGAGUCAUCAUCUCCGCUCUGCUGAUGCAGAAGUACGAUCUAAUGAUCGCUGAUCCCAUCUGCUCCAUGCUCAUCUCCCUCCUCAUAGGAGUCAGUGUGGUGCCGUUGCUAAGGGAGUCGAUUGGGAUCCUGAUGCAGAGGACUCCGCCCACUCUUGACCACGCCCUCCCAGAGUGCUAUCAGAGGGUGCAGCAGCUCCAGGGUGUGUACAACAUCCAGGAGCCCCACUUCUGGACCUUGUGUACUGAUGUGUACGUCGGCACACUAAAGCUGCUGGUGGCGCCAGACGCCGACGCCCGCUGGAUCCAGACCCAGACGCACAACAUCUUCACACAGGUCGGCGUUCGGCAGCUCUACGUCCAGAUCGACAUCGCUGCCAUGUAGACGCUCUGUGUCAAUCCAAACUUUCAAGGACCAAUGACGACGCAGUGUUACUGCAGGGCUCCGCCCCAAGCCCACGGACCAAUGACACGACCGCUCUACUUCAGGGCUCUGCCCCCAGCCCAUGGACCAAUGACGACGCAGUGUUACUGCAGGGCUCCGCCCCCAGCCCACGGACCAAUGACGACGCAGUGUUACUGCAGGACAGACUAUGAAGGACAGCUCAGUUGCGUGGCCCUCGGGGGGAGGGGCUCUGACCUCGGGGGGAGGGGCUCUGCCCUCGGGGGGAGGGGCUCCGUCCGUCCAUCCUUAGUGCCUUUCUGUCUCCUUGCUGAGGCUCCCGGUAACAUGCGGACUCCAUUGUUUUAUUUGCCAAAUCAUGUGAAUAGUGAAUGUUUUUCAAUAAUAAAUAGUUUUACUGCAUUUGUCUGAAUGUUUUUA